AUGACUACAACUGCUCAACCAUACUACGAUUGUAUCCGUAAAUCCCUCGAAGCUGCUUUGUGUCUUGAAAACUUCCCAUCUCAAGUCAUUGAAAGACACAACAAGCCAGAAGUUGAAGUUGGUACAAGCAGGGAAUUGUUGCUCAACCCAAUCAUUAUCAGCAAGGAUAAAUUUGAUCGUUGCAUGAUUGAAGGAUCAGUCAACUCUGUCAGAAUCAGUCUUUCAUUCAAGAAGAACGACGAUGUUGAAAGAAUUAUCUAUAAGCGUUUUAUGCACUUUUUGAUGCAAAGAGCUGAACAAUUCUUAGUUAUGAGAAGAAAGCCAGUCGAAGGAUAUGAUAUCAGUUUCCUUGUUACCAACUUCCACAUUGAAGAUAUGUUCAAGCAAAAGUUGAUUGAUUUCAUUAUUGGAUUCAUUGAAGACAUUAACAAGGACAUUAACAACAUGAAGUUGCAAUCAAGUGCUCGUGCUCGUGCUGUUGCCAAGAAGUAUCUCGGAGCUUACUAA